ACAGUUGUCUGUGUGCAGGGAUUGAUCUAUACCAUUUGAUUUCCCUCAUAUCACAAUUUAUCGGCCUGUCCUUCCCGCUCAUUAUUUGAUUUAGUCCCAGAAUAGUUGGCUUUCGGUUCCAUUCGCGACACACCCCGGAGAACUACAAUGGCGCCGAUACAGCAAAAGGCAUUGCUCAAUUGCGACAUGGGAGAAGCCUAUGGCAAUUGGGCGUGUGGCCCCGACCUGGAGCUUCUCCCCAUGAUCGACAUCGCAAACAUUGCCUGUGGGUUCCACGGUGGCGAUCCAUUGAUCAUGAUGGAGACCGUCCGGAACUGUAAAGCCCACAAUGUUCGGAUGGGGGCUCAUCCCGGACUACCGGAUCUCCAAGGUUUCGGGCGACGGGAGAUGAAACUCUCGCCCGAGGAGCUCACCGCGAUGACCAUCUACCAGGUCGGAGCUCUCCAGGGCUUCCUGGAUCGUGAGAAUGUUCCUCUCAAUCACGUCAAGCCCCAUGGGGUGCUGUACGGGAUGAUGUGUCGCGACUAUGAGGUGGCCAAAGCCGUGAUGCAGGGAAUUCCCAAAGGCGUGCCAGUUUUCGGACUGGCCGGAACCCAAAUGGAAAAGGCGGCCACGGACCUGGGCAUAGAAUUCUGGGCGGAGCUAUACGGUGACGUCAAAUAUGAUUCACGAGGCAUGCUGGUGAUCGACCGAAAGAAGAAGCCCUGGGACCUUGGCGAUCUAGAAAAACACGUACGGCAGCAGAUCGAGGAGCAGUCGGUUACGGCAACCGACGGAAGCGUCGUCCAGCUACCGCUGAAGAAUUAUCCCUUGUCCAUCUGUUGUCACUCCGAUUCUCCGGGUUGCGUCGACAUCAUCACCACGACACGAAGGGUGGCGGACGAGUUCAACAAGAAACAUGGAAAAUAGCUACAUUUCUGAACAUGGUUGUGUAAAUAAGAUAGAUAUCGAAUGGCAUUCAUCAAGCCUGCGAGUCCAUCCCUACAAUGAUGAUGCAGAG